GGCAAGUGUUGGUGAUGGUGGUGGUAAUAAUGGUGGUUAUGAGCUCUUUCAUUGUGGAGGGUGGAGGGAGAGGGAUAAACACAAAAGAUCAGAGGCUUCACCAUGUCCAGAAGGACAAAUCUGUCAUUCCAUUAACAAGAGGAGUAGACAACCAUCAUAACAUUCCAAGACAAAACUAUGACAAUUGGGGUGGCAACGGGGGAGGCAGUGGUGGAGACGAUGGAACAGGUUAGAAUCAGCAAAGAAGCUUCUAAGACGUGUAUGUGAGUAUAUGUAAAGAUUGUGAUGUCAUGAAGUGAUUAUUGGCCUAUGUUUUGUGUUUUUUUGUGAAGUAUCCUAAGUAUAUAUAUGCUUUUUCAUAAGACUUGUGGUAUGAACAUGUGAUGAAUAAAUGACACUAACACUCAUAAGAAGUGAGUUUAUAUAAACAGAAAGUAUUGU